UUGGAGUUUGUUUUCCUGUCCAUCGUGUGUGUCGCAUGAGUUAGUUUGAAUAGUGUGAGUGUGUGCGUCAGUUGAUGGAGCCAGAAGAAGCGGAGCAGCAUGGGCAUGGUUCGCGUUCAGUUGAAAGCCUGGCGAGGUGAAAGGCUCACGUUCGUCGGAGGAGCGGGUCGCCAGGAGAUCAUGCCUGGUGUGCACGGCUUGAUCGCAGAGUAGUUGCUAGGAGCUGCCGGCUACAAAAGGCCAUGUAAUCCAUCGAUUAGACGAUGCCCAGGGAGAGAGAUGUAGCCUCUGUGAGUUCGUAUGUGCGCUAACAGUACGGUAGUCUCCCAUGUAUGUUGGUGUGUGGUGUGAGAGCCAGCUGAAAUAAGACAAGAGUAGGGUGUAUGUGCGCCCACGGCGGCGUUCGUGCGCCGGCCGGGAAAAAUACUGUGUCUCCACUCCAUUGUCUCCCUCCGUUCGUUUGUGCGACUAAGGAAGAGGAAGGUGCAGCCGAGGUGCUGCCCCAACAUGUGGUAUCAGAGCCUUCAUGGCCUGAGGCCGUGGAGCAUGGCCAUGCCAUGCGUGCGGGGAGCGCGGCGGCCGCGGCGGACCUGCGUGGUGGGGCGCAGAGGCUGCGGUGGCGCGGCGUGGCUCGGCGGCGUGGAGGAGAAGCCAUUCGUGCGGCGGGUGAGGCAGCUCGAGCGGCCACGUUGCUUGCGUCAGGGCGCGGCAUGUGGGUGAGCCGAGGGCAUGCGGAUCACCGGAGGAGAAAGCAUCCAGCGGAGCGCAGGACAGCCGUGUCGAUCAUGUCAGUGCGUGAUCGUGUGCGCGAGCCGGGACGUGCAGGGCGCGUGAGCGCGUGGCAACGGCGACGGCGACGCGCGGCGAGCCCAGGGGUGGCGGCGUCCACCGGCGGCUGUGCAGAUCUCCGGGCCGUGUGUCGGCCUAUGGAGGUGUGCAGCGCUGCGGCUCCCUUGGCGGACACCGAGGCGGUGCGCGGUGUUGUCGGGCGGUGGCGUUCAUGGCCUAGCGACGGCAACGAUGGGAGCUGCAGCGUCAACUCCGACAAAGGCGAGCGCGCGGCAAGCCAUUGUCCUCCUCGCGACGGUCGUGGACGAGCGAUGUCUCCUGUCAUGGUCCAGCGAGAAGGAAAGUCAAGAUUAGGGGGAGUUUGUUAGGUUUAAUCGUGACUUAGGAGUUUGUUUUCCUACCCAUCGUGUGUGUCGCAUGAGUUAGUGUGAAUAGUGUGAGUGUGUGCGUCAGUUGAUGGAGCCAGAAGAAGCGGAGCAGCAUCGGCAUGGUUCGCGUUCAGUUGAAAGCCUGGCGAGGUGAAAGGCUCACGUUCGUCGGAGGAGCGGGUCGCCAGGAGAUCAUGCCUGGUGUGCACGGCUUGAUCGCAGAGUAGUUGCUAGGAGCUGCCGGCUACAAAAGGCCAUGUAAUCCAUCGAUUAGACGAUGCCCAGGGAGAGAGAUGUAGCCUCUGUGAGUUCGUAUGUGCGCUCACAGUACGGUAGUCUCCCAUGUAUGUUGGUGUGUGGUGUGAGAGCCAGCUGAAAUAAGACAAGAGUAGGGUGUAUGUGCGCCCACGGCGGCGUUCGUGCGCCGGCCGGGAAAAA